UACAGUUGCCAUGGAAAAUCAUAAUUCCUGCUGAAAACUUGGAUGCUAAAGGGUUGAUGCUUCAACGGGCAAUCAUCAUUCGUCUGAUGGAUGGGUUCUCGAUCAAGAAGGCCACGAAAGAUCUUGGUUAUUGUCUUGCGGUGACAACAUUAGAGAGCAUUGGGGAAGGGAAGGUUAGACAAAACUCAGGGGAUGUACUCUUUCCUGUUGUCUUCAGCUGCAUCACCUUCAGGAUUUACAGGGGAGAAAUCUUGGAGGGAGUUGUACACAAGAUUUUGAAGCACGGAGUUUUUUUGAGAUGUGGGCCUAUCGAGAACAUUUAUCUCUCCAAUAAGAAAAUGCCCGGAUAUGAGUAUGUGCCUGGGGAAAAUCCCAUCUUCAUGAAUGAAAAGAUGCCGAAAAUUGAGAAAGAUGUGGUGGUGCGUUUCAUUGUGAUUGGGGAAAAGUAUAUAGAGGCUCAGAGGGAAUUGCAAGCAGUUGUUAGCUUGGAGGGGGAUUUUCUUGGGCCCGUUUCUUAA